AGUAUACCGGGUAUUUCAAAUUCUCGACAUAGCUAAAAAUGGGGAAUAAAGAGGAGGAUGAAGAAUCUCCUUUCAAAAGCAGUACUUUCAAUGUCUUGGAUGCUCUUUUUGUUCUCAUUUCAAUGGGACUUAUCGUUGCCGAUCUUGUGACUGACCUUAUUGUAACAUGUAAGUACUUUGUUGGAGGAGAUGUGGUAUGGGGCGCCCUCACCCUAAGUUUUGUUGUGAUUCCGUCAAUCAUCCUGCAAGUGUUUAGCAUCAGAUGGUAUCUGGUGGAUGAUGACAUGUCCAGCCUGAAGUGGAUCACACACAUCCUUCAAUUUGGACCCUUGCACAGGUACGUGAUACUGUUUUCUACUGGCAUCGAAGCUCGGCAAACAAGAGAUCCCCUGGACUUUGAGCGUCUCUUCUACCAGCAGAGUGAUGUAUGCAUGUUGAGGCUCUUUGAAUCCUUCAUGGAGUCCGCUCCCCAAGUCGUUCUGCAGCUCUACAUCAUGGUGGCAACCCAGGAUGAAAACUUUUGGACAGGCACAUCAGCUGCGGUUUCUCUCUUCUCCCUGUGCUGGGCUCUCGGAGCGUAUAGCCGAGCUCAUCGUAAGGUUCGCCGAGACAAGAAGAUUGUAUCUUGGCCAGGCCUUGUCCUUCAGACCAUUUGGAGAAUUGGGAUGAUUUCUUCUAGGGUCAUGGCACUUGUUCUCUUUGCUUCAGUCUUCAAAGCUUACAUCUUUCUAGCUGUCGGUAUUCAUUGGAUAGGCAUGUUAGUUUGGGUCCAUCUUCAGAAGACGGACUUCUGCACCAACCCUCUGGAGGAACGUCUCUUCAACUGUGUCGUUGCUACCAUCUAUGUCUUCUGCUUCUUCAAUCUCAAGGAGGGCAAGUCUCGGAAGAGAGUCCUGGUCUUUUAUUUCACAAUGUUCGUUGAGAACACGGUGUUACUUCUGGUGUGGUUCAAUUUCCGUACCGUUGGAGAGUGGUACAAUGUGGCUGGGUUCACCAUCGUGUUUGGCGGCUAUGGUAUUGGUGUUGCCAGCAUGGUUCUUUAUUACCGAUAUCUCCAUCCUCGAAAUGACUUCACUCUCUGUGGGCCAAAACCGGAGAAAGAGCCUUCUGGAUCUCUUAACACUACACCAUCCAUGUCACCCUCAUCCAGCCAUGCAGUCCUCUUCUCCCCAGAACUUUAUUGUCAUGGCCACUCAACAUCUCCAACACAACACAGCGAUGUGAAUCAUAAUGAUGAUGCAAAUAGCCCACUCGCUGUACCUUUGUCACAAACUAGCAUAACCAUUAACAAGGAGGAUGGCCCACCCCAGAGAUCAAGUCAGGUCAAAGGUCAAGACCAUGUGAUGGGGAAUGGUGAUUUCAGAAAAAGUAAAAGCGAGAGCUGCAUGUGCUACAAUGAGGAAAAGUCUGUGACAGUGCACCUUGAUAAGAGUAAUGCAGGGAAAGCUUCCGCCUUGAUGAAUGCUUCUCAGUUGCCAUCUUUCAGGUGUGAUGUUUCAGGGUUUGAAGUGGACCUCGUCCAACAGUAUGACGACUGGAGGGAUCACUCCCGCCUUACAAAUCAUUCACUGGUAAGUGCUGGAACAAAAUCAGGGAACAUGUCACAAUCACUUGGCAGUGUUCUUGAUAAGAACCAUCUCUCAAAUGAACCAUCAUCAGACAUAUCAAGAAUGCAUGUUGAACCAAUUCCCUUCUCGCCGGACCUCCAGCAGAUGCCAGAGAUCACUGACUCACCCAACAAGAUCAUGACUGCGUACGAAGCCCAGCAGAUCUAUGACAGCAUUCUGGGGAUUCGUCGCCAUGACCACCCUGGUAGGAACUCUAAGCGGAAACUCAAGUUUGAUGAUCCCAGUAAGAUGCCCGGAAAGACCCAAUUAAAGACAAGCGAUGCAAUGUUACAUGGUAAACCAGUUCAGAAUGUUAUUGAUAGCAGUGCCUAUUGUAAUAUGGGAGCGCAAAGGGUUACUGUGACAAGUAAGUAUGUAAAAGAUGGCUUAAGUGUGGGAGAUGUUUGUAGAUCAAGAACUGUGAUUGAAUCACGUGCUUUACCAAGUAUUAGCACCAAAGAUAGGCAUAUGAGUAGGGAACAAAAUCUCAAGAUAAGGUCACAUCACUCACAAAGUGACAUGGUGGAAACUGAAUGCAAACUGAUACAUGCUAGUGAUGAUGUAAAAAAUGAUAGUGAAACUUUAAAUUUCCAACAUCUCAAAACUGAUAUGCCUAGGGAUUUUGAAAGGACAAAACCACUUCAGGACUCUAAAGACAAUCAGGUCGUAAACAAAGAGUGCUUUCAAAACCAAGAAAAGCCAUCAAUUCCAAUUGUGUAUGAAAAUAGUGCUCUUGAUCACAAGACAGAUAUUCACGUUGUUUCUACAGGGUUGCGUGCAGCACUUGAAAAGGAUCUGCUUAAAGCGAAAGAGAAAGUAGGUACAAGGAUUGAUUACAUGACAUAUAAGUCGGAUAUGCUUGAUAAAGGCUCUAAUAAGACCAUGCCUGUAUUAGGAUGUAAAAUUACUUCUCACGUUGUCCAUGAUGAAAUGCCUACUGGGAAUCAUAACAAAGGGAUAGCAGUAGAUCCAACCGAGUCGGAAUGCUUUGUUCAUGAAAUAACGUCACAAGAUUUACAAUGCACUGCUUCUCUUUUGACAAGUAAUAGCAAAACAAAAGAGGAUCACAAUAUUAUUGGCAAACAUACAAGUAGCUUAGAUUGCAAAAAUACUGACAAGCUUAGUUUAGGGAGAGAAAACAAGAUGAAUCAGCAACAGAAGGGGUAUAACAUAGAUCUAUGUGAAACUGAUAUUCCUAAAGAGCAGUGCACCAGUACAUGUAGUUGUAGAUCAUCCAGUCCCCUCUCCUCUAAAGCGGACAAUGUUGUUACAUCCUGUUCUUCAUUGAGUGGGAAAGACAGUCCUGUGGUAACGGGAGAAGGGGGCCUUGGUGGUGUCGGGAAUGGGUUCCAAGUUCGAAGUCCUGCUGGAAAAAACAAUCUUAAGAGAGUUCGCAGCCUGAAAGGGAGUGUCCCAUCGGAUACCGGCCCUCAGGGUUCUAGUCUGACAAAGGGUAAUUCAAGUAAAGAUUGCUCUGAUAAAGAACAUGAAAACAGACAGGAGAAGACGCCAAUAGCUAACCUGAAAGGCAAACUCAAAAGGGCUUUGAGUAUUAAGUCCAGGGGACUGUCCGAAAACAAGACAGAGUCCUCUCCAUCAAUUUCAAGACACUUGGAUCUUGAGCCCCACCCAAGUGACAACCACAGUUUGGAGAAAGCUUUAGAUACUGUACAUGCAGACAAAGAAAACCCCAAUUUAGGUAUUGACAAGCCAUUAGGGCAUGUAGGAGAAAGGGUUGAAGUUGAAAAGCCUGUACUGGUAGAUAAACAGCAAAACAAAAAGGGUGUAAUAUUACAUCCAAAGACUUUAAAUGGCUUCUCACAAGGCAUUGCAAACCAUUCACCAAAGAUCAUGGGUGGUGGAACACCCACAUCAUCUCCAACUACACUGUCAAGUUCCAGAUGCAAUGAGAGUAGAGCUUAUGCACCAGUCUUACGGGCCAAGAACACCUCCCCUCAAAAGAAUACAGAUAAUCCAGUCAUGUAUUCCCGCAGUCUGCAAAAGACUGGUACAUAUCACAUCUCACCAGUUAAAGGUUCUCAAGUUGGUAAAGAGAACAGGGGAUUUCAACAAGGCACAGUGAAGGGCACAGUGAGUAGACUAAAGCAGGAAAAACUAGGUAGUUCCACUGGCAAGAAACCUCCCAGGAGAUCACUUGACAGAAUCCCAACUAAUUUGGUCGCAGCUAAUGUGGCACAUUUCGACAGUCCAAGCAAAUAGGAUGCCCCCCACCCCCCCAAAAAAAAAAAAAAAAAAAAAAACAUGAUAUUUGCCUUUGGAAAUGAGUAGAUAGCAAAAAUCUGAAUAAAUAUGUAGUUACUCUAUAUUUGUUGAAAGUUGGAAACCACUCUUUGAGCAUUAAUAAAUUGUGUUAUACAUGGAUUCCAAUUUUCAUCCAAACAAGAAUACAAAAUCAAAUUUUUACAUGACGUACUACACAUAAUAUGUUUUCUUCCAAAGAAAAUAAGUGUUUUGUGCACACAUUUUAUACCAAAGGGCCCAAAUGCUUUGGAUUAACUUCCUAAUCCUAAGACUUUUUCCAGUGUAAAAGUUUGAUCUCAUAUUGGAGGGUUUUUUUUUUUUUUUACUCCAAUACAUAUUUUUCAUUCUGCCUUUCCCCUCAUACUGUAUCUCUUUAUUUUCCGUAAUGUGUAUUAUAUAUUUGUAAUAAAGGAAUAUUACCCUUCAAUGGUAUUCAUGGCUGACUAUAUAUACAUGUAGAUCUAUUAAUUAUGUAAAAUAUGUAAAUUAUGUAGCAAAUCUUAGCUUCACAAGCGUUUUACCUUUUGCUGUAUUCCUGUUUAUUUCCAGUAUAAACUCAGUAUUGACUAUCAGAAUCCUGUGAAAGUGAGCACUGGACUUCACCACUAUAAUCAUGGAGUUUCUUAUUUUAUAGUUCUAUAAAGCAUGUACGUAUAGCUUACCUUGGAACUGGGAAAUUAGAUUGUCUUUUUUUUUUUCAACUUUUCAAUUUCAUAUGAUGUAUAAAAUGAGCUACUACAUGUAUUAUUUGGACAAAACCUUAUUAAUUGUAUUUGAUGUAAAGUUUAAUGAAAAGUAUGAUAUACUUUUAAUGAAUAUGUAUGUGUAUGCAACACUGGGUUUUGGGGUUUCAUGACAAUUACAUGUAUGUACCAUAUGUAAAUCUUAUUGAUUUUAACUUUUUUCUGAACAUACAAUUUUUUUCAUAUCGUCUAAUAAUGACAAUGAUAGUGGAAGUGCAUUGAUUUUCAUAUUUUUUUUAAAUAUUUUAAAAAGAUUUGUAUUGUAGAGUAAAGCACUUACGGUAAUUAAUUGCUUCAGAAUUGAUAUAUUUAUUAUAAAAUGUGUAAUAUUAUGGUAAUUAUAUUUUGAUCAAUCCUUUCUUAUAUUUGUUUUAUUUUCUUUUACAUGUCGGCUACAUGUAAACAUCACAAUGUUAAUAAACAAAAACAAUUAAAGAUGGGCUUCGCUUUUGAUAGUGCAGCUGUUCCUUCUGCCACCUUGGAUUGCAUUUUAAUCUGUAAAUAUAUUUUAUAUGGAUUUGCUUGUCUCUAUAUGGACAAUUAUUUAUUGAGAUACAGUGUUUUUAUAUAUGUACAACUAUAAUCACUCCUAUUCAAACUUCCAGGGUAUUCAUGUAGCCAGUUUCAUAUUCAUAGAAUUGAAUAUCAAGUAAUCAUAAUUCCUAAUAUUCAUAACACUGUACAUGUAUAGGAACACAUUGAUUAUCAUGCUAUCAGAAUAUAUAUAUAUUUUGCCUUCGACGAAGAUUCUGCUAGGAUCGAAAGCUUAGGCCCCUUUUUGACUUUAUAGAAUAUAUAUGUCUAUAAAAACGAAUUUUUGCUGACUUGUAACUCAUACCAGUACCACGCUAUCCAAGAUUGGCAGGCCUACAUGUACAAGUCUGUGAUAAUUGAAUUUUCAAAUGGACUGAGGGUGUAACCCACAUGUUACUUAUGUGGCUGACAUGUAGCUAUUGAAUAAUAUUCAAGCAGUGCAUUAUUUUUAUACACUUUGUACAAAAUUCUUUUUUUUUUUCUUUAUCUGAAAUAAAUAGUAAAAAACACCUUGUAAGUUACAAGAUCUAGAGACUUUUUUCUCUCUCUUCUAUACAUGUAUAACUUAUUGUAUUGUUAAUAUCUCGAGAUGAGAUAAGGAUUUAUGAAAGGUCAAGUCCACCCCAACAAUAAGUUGAAAAAUGGAACAAGCUUAAAGAGAAAUGCCAGUAGUUGCAGUAAACACUGAUUUCAUGAGAAAGUCUGUAAAACCAGGCUUAAUUGUCAGUAUAUCAUCGAGGAUCUAGAUCUGGUACAGUUACAUAAACUGAACUUUGUGAAAUCUUGAAAUCUACGCUGAAAAAUGUUCACACUGAAGAUCUCCAACACAGAUAGGCACACGUGGGACAGUGUAUUAUUAUUACUGGAAUAAAGACCCGACGGAAGUGACCGAAUCCGCGCUUAUUUUGCUUAUUUCUCAGCAAUUACACAAUUUCUUCCAGAAUCCUUUGGCACAUAUUUUUUAUUCAUACAAACAGACACUUGGGUGGUCAUUAUAUUAGAUUCUGUAAAAAGUCAUUUUGAGAUCGUUACCAAAACUGGAAUUUAUCUUUAAUGCUGGAAAUCUUAUUACAUCGGAUGUAUGCAUACUAUCGACUGUGUUGUGGAACGGUUCUGUGAAAAUAACCAAAAUGUGUACCGGUGUAUAUCAUACUUUCUUAUCUUUUAUUUUACAUCACAAAUUGAGGAAUGUUAACAUUAUCAUCGUUCUAUUCAAGUUGUUUUGCUUUUUUUUUUUUUUUACUAGGAUGGACUUGGCCCUUAAAGAUCAAAUCAUUGGAACCUAAUGUAGGAAAUAUAUUAUAUUCUUGCUUAAA